CCGCCACGGAUAUUUUCUGAGGGGGGAGAGAAAACAAAUUUAAUUAAAAGGUGUCUUAUCUUCUCCUCCAGAUCCCACCGACAGUGAUUUUUUCACUUUUCUUUUUUUUCUGUGGGGAAUAAUAACCGUGUGAGAGUCUCCUCGGAGCACGAGGUGGCCACAGCGGACUGGGAUUGGCCCCGAUGACUGCUAAGGUUCCCCUUCACCUGUUUUCGUCCAAUCCUGGAGGGGCUGCAGCGCUGAUGUCUCGAAGAACAAGAGUCUAUUUGAGUUCUGGAGUCCUGAACAGACAAGCUACAUCACGAUAAAUGGAAGAAAAGGAGCGAUGUAGGAGCAGGUCUCCGGCUCGGAAGGCCAGUAGGAUGCAGCAGGUGGUGGGAACUAUAAUACGACGUACCCGAGAAUCACUCAGCAGAGAGCGGUUACUAGGCGAUGGGAGGUCGCAGCGCUCCAACAGUCUGUCCAAUCAAAACUUCCAGGUGAAGCUGACGGUGCAAAUCACCAAGGACCACGUCCUGGACCGCACCACUGGCCAUGGCUUCAUCCUCAGUCCAUGCGCACCCCUGCUGGUCAGGGAUGUCAUCACAGGGAGCCCUGCAGAUGGGAUCCUGUUUCCAGGGGACCAGGUGCUGCAGAUUAAUGAUAAAGUGGUGGAGGAUGUGAGUGCCGAGCAGGUGGAGAACAUCUUAAGGGACUUGGAGGACACCGUCACAGUGACUGUAGUACGAAACAUGAUGAAUCCCAAGUCGUCCAUCAUGUCAGCGGAGAAGAGAGCUCGACUGAGGAGUAAUCCUGUUAAAGUGCGCUUUGCGGAGGAGGUGGUGGUCAACGGGCACACUCAGGGAAACUCUCUUCUCUUUCUGCCCAAUGUUCUAAAAGUCUAUUUAGAGAAUGGACAGACCAAGGCCUUCAAGUUUGACAACAAUACCACCAUCAAGGACAUUGUUCUGACUCUGAAGGAUAAACUGUCCAUCCGGGCCAUUGAGUACUUUGCCCUGGUGCUGGAGCAGAUGUACAAUAACACCAAACUGCUGCUGCUGCACGAAGACGAGCUCAUACAAAAGGUGGUGCAGAAAAAAGAUUCCCAUGACUACAGAUGUCUAUUCAGGGUGUGUUUUAUCCCCAGAGACCCCAUGGACCUUCUGCAGGACGACCCCUCUGCCUUUGAAUACCUCUUUUUACAGAGCGUCGCCGAUGUGCUGCAGGAGCGUUUUGCUGUGGAGAUGAAGUGUAACACUGCACUGCGCCUGGCUGCUCUGCACAUGCAUGAGAGACUCGAUAGUUGUGGGCAGACCAGGAGCUCUAUCAAGAGCAUUACGAAAGAGUUUGGCCUGGAGAGCUUUAUCUCCCCUACGCUGCUGGGCAACAUGAGGGAGAAGGACCUGAGGAAAGCCAUCAAUUAUCACCUCAAAAAGAUUCAGUCCCUACUGGAGCCACGCCAGAAGGUAAUAAAUGCUACUCAAGCUCGGUUGGCCUACCUCACUCAGCUGGGAGAGCUCCUUUCCUAUGGGGGACGAUCCUACACAGCUACAAUGAUGCUUCAGGACAGAGAGGUGCUGGUCAGCCUGCUUGUGGGAGCCAAAUACGGGAUGAGCCAAAUCAUCAACCAUAAGCUUAAUGUCAUUUCAACUCUGGUUGAGUUCAGCAGCAUCAGCCGAGUGGAGCUGCUGUCGGAGUCGGACAAAGUCAGCUUGCUGCGCGUCUCGCUGCAUGACAUGAAGCCGUUUGCCUUACUGAUGGACUCUCUGGCAGCCAAAGACUUAGGGUGUUUGCUGGGAGGCUACUGCAAGCUACUGGUGGAUCCCAGUGUCAAUGUCUUCCGUCUGGGGCGCCCAAAAGUCAGGGUGCACCGGAUUCCUGCUGAAGAAGGUGUGUGUGGGAGGUUCGCCGUAAUAGAGGGAGUGUGCUAUGAGUCCCUAUCAAGUUACGUGUCACGCUGCUGUAGCGACUCGAGUGAUUCAACAGAUGAGGAUGACCCGAUGGAUUCUCAGAAUUACAAACGUCCAGACCCAGCAAGUCAAGAUUGGGAGGGAAGAAGAAAAGAAGAGGAGCAGAAGAGGAGAGAGGAAGAAAGAAUCGAGCGAGAGAUUUACAAAGACAAACAUGAAGUGAAGAUAAUAGUGACAUCAGAAGGUAAAGACGGUGAGGGAGAAGAGAGAGGAGCAACCGGCAGUGUUCUGAGUAAAAUGAGUUUAAUGGAUGAGGGAAUGAACUGGUAUCAUACUGAUUCACGGGUCACCAGCAGCUUCUCCAGCUUGUCCAGUGGCUCUUUGAGCACGGCCUUGGAGGCGAGCAGUGCUGCUGCCAAAACACCAUUUCAUGUGGAGGUACUUCGUAGUCUACGAACGCCUGAGGAACUCUCGAACCUGGAUGUCCACCACCCGUACCUCAUAGAUCCGAAAGGCCACCAAAGCCAAUCCACUGGUUGCCCUCGACCCGCCAAUCUCAACCACUGUGGCAAUGAGAAUUCCUGCAUUUGCUUUGCUGAGCUUUCCAAAGCUGAUUUCCUCCCCAGCCCGCCUGAGGCCACUAGCGAUGACGAGGAAGAUGAUGAUGACGAGGGAGAGCGGCUAGUGGGAGGACUCAGGCGCAUUUCCAAGAUUCCCAGUUCGAGAGAUCUGAGAGUGAUUGACAGCACACCCUUUCAAAGAUCACCCAUUAAAAGGAAGAAAAAGACCCCUCCCAAAGUCCCAGUGAGGACAAGUUCAAUUCCUGGGCACAAAGCAGGGCAGUCCAAAGACGAGGAGGGAUUAUUCCAGACAAUUUCACCAAACCCCAAACUAGCUCUUUUGGUCAAAGAGGCUGCCUCGGAGUCUGAGGAUGAGUUUUUUGAUGCACAGGAAAGAUUUACUCCUCCAGUUCCUGAUCUGUCAGAAGCAGAGCUGGCUGACAGGCAGAAUGCCAACCGAUUAAGUGGCACCUGGAAUGGUUAUCCACCUGACCCAGGAAAGAAAUCUUCCUCACCCCACUGCAAUAAAACCACACAUUCUACAACCAAAAAAGAUGGGGAGAUACUUAAAGGUCCUACAAAUAAGCUUGUAAAACAGUCCAGUCCAUCAAAGACAUCCCAGAAAACUGAAAGUAAAGUCAAGCCACCACUGGCACCUAAGCCCCAACUACCCCCCAAACCACAGGUCAUUCCUCCCAAGUCCCCCCAACAUGGGCGAUCUUAUGCCCACUGCAAUGGAGAUGCCUCUGGGCGUCUAUCAUCUGAGCUGCUGGAGAUGGAACCAGACACUAUGGAGUUCAAAUCUGUGACAUCUGGAGCAGGUGGCCUGCCAAUGUCAUCACCAUUGAUAACAGCAGUGCGGUGUAAUCAGCAGCCACUGCCCACUCCUGCACCCCAAACCGAAGAAAAGUCAAAGGGACCAAUAAACAGUAAACAAGAGAAUAAUAAAAUGACAUGUGAGAAUGGAACAAAUGCAUUUUCUGGGGGCAAAGAUGACAUUUUAGAUGAGCAAGCUAACAAAGCUGAUGAAAAUCACAAUCGGAAUGAAUUGUUUUCAGAAAAUCCACCAAACAAACCAGCUGUCCCUCCUUCCAGUUCAAGUACAAAGCUGGUCUUACCCCCACCUGUCCCACUAAAACCUACCUCUCCCAUGAAUCUUCACCGCUUGUCGCUUCCUGCUAGCUCCCCUGUUUCCCCCACUGAUCCAGGCAAAGGGAUAUUUAAGGAUAGCACCAGUCCACCGAAUGGUAUCCAUCCAUGGAGCAGCCGCAAUGGUAGCAUCCAGUCAGGACCCAGGCGGGUUUCUCUGAGCCAUGAAAGCCUGUCACCUAAAACCACAGAUGCUUCCCUCACCCUUACCACCUCACUCACAUCAACCCAUUCCAAAGGUGUUGGGGGCCUAGAGAGCAGGGAAACGGGAAGGUCUGGGUCAGGAUCUGACCUGAGGACAAGCUCAUCCAGCCUAGGAGGGAGACUUCCAGCCUCUGCCCUGAGAGGGAAGAUCCAGGCUUUGCCCUGGUACAUGACCCGUUCCCAGGAAAUUCUAGGAACUCUGGAUUAUCCAUCUACCAGCUCCAUUAAUGGAGAUACAUCUGGCUUUGGGUCAGGUUUGUCCAUAGCCAGCGGGUUGUCAGACUUGAACAAGACCCCUGUCAGGGACAAAGACACUGUGGCCUCAAAAUCUGCAGCCAAAGGUAAUAUUUUAGAGAAUGGGGCUGAGGUUGUUAUAGUUACCAUCAAAGAGGCCCAGGAAGUGACGUCACACAUGAAAAUGUCCAGUGGGACAAAUGGAUCAUAUUCUAAUCUGAAUUUUAAAGUGCAUAGUUCACUGAGUAGCAAUGUUUCAUCAGAGCAACCACAGUCACGACCCCACUCUGCAGUGGGUUUUGGAGGGGUAUCCAGUAUUCCUAUAGGAGGUGACUUGCCGUCCCACUUGCCUGCAGACAGUACUCCUCCAGAGCAGCAGCGGGAUGCCUGUGGAUGCCGCACUGUCUAUGCCAACUGUUUCAGUGGAGAUGUUGAAGAUGGUGUCAGCUUUGAUGAGGAGCUAACCAUUUAUGAGUUCUCUCGCCGCACACGCCCAAAACCUACCCGACCUGUUCCUAUUGCUUCUCCCACAACACCAUCUCCAAAACCUAAUAUCCUGUCACUGCUUAAGGACAACCCUCGUCCACUAUCUACUUUUUCCACUUCUUCCUCCGAACUCAGCCCUUUAGUUUCAAUGCCUGUCUCCCCCACAACUUCCCUUGGUGGUCCUCUUCGUUCCUUUACUAACAAGUCAUAUGGUGGGCUGAAAGGAGGAUUUGCUUCCCUGCGUCAAGAUAUAGAUCAACUUCUGCUAGUAUUAGAGAGAGGAACAAUUAAACAACCUCAGCAAUCAUGUCCAGACUCAAACCAGGAUGGUACAGCCAUAAAAGUAGGACCUGAUGUGAAUCAAAAUGGAAAUGAAAGCAGUGCAAUCUUGGACACAGGCACCACUUGUACUGGCACAAACCCUACCCCCAUGACUGAGGCUGAAAGGAGUCUUCUCCAGGCAGAGGCUCGCCGACUGGCAUCUGGGUGUCAACGGGCUACUCGUGUAGGCUGGGCUCCUGAUGAAGCCCUACGGUCUUUAUCAAACAGUUUCAGCGCUCUGGUUCAGCUGUCGGCGGUCUGCCUGCGUACAAAUCCCUGUCCUGGCUGUGACAUUUGCCAUACUGCCAGCCUGGUCCACAGGGAUGAUGAGGAUGAUGAGGGGCAGAAUGCCAUGGACAAGCUAAAACAGAUAGUGGGUCUCUAUCGAGAGUUUGUUGGGGCUGUUGAGACAGCUGGAACUGCUUCUCGCGUCGGGGGUAAGAGCAUCACUGGGUCUGGACUGGGCCAAGGAGAGGGUGACGGCGUGAGGCUACUUGCCAAGCGUUGCACUGUGCUCAUCUCCUCUGUAUUUGCACUCACACAGCUCUUCCGGACACGCAUGUUAGAUGCCUCGGACACCCCUGGACACGUACCUCUCAACUUCUGAUCUGUGAACCUUUAGCCCUAGGAACCCUUUGCCUGUGGAUGAGGAAAAGGGGACACAAUGUGACGUGUGACUGCUGCGGUCUUGUACAGAAAGUGCCAUGCACAAUACAGCACAUAGACAAAAAAAAAAAAAUCAAUACAAAAAAUAAAACACCAAGCAAACCCAAAACAAAGAGGAAACUUCACUGCGACGCCUGUUCUUAGAUGCAUAUGGACUAUGCAUUUGUACAUAUGAAUUUUAUAAUUAUCUUAUAGUUCCCAUAUUUUAUGAUACAGUAUGUAUGUAAGGAUGGAUUACCUGUGUAUGUAUUUAUGUAUGUAUUUAUUUUUACAAUAGUUGCACCAUUGUCUGUGAUGUGCAGGUUCCUGGUGGGGGAAAAAAACGACUAUGUAUGUCACUGGAAUUUUUAUUUUUCAUUAAUUUUGAAACAGUAUUGUGUUAAUUUUUGCUGCUUUCCCCACUUCACAAGGUGUAAUCUGUAAAUUGUCUUUUUCAACUUGAUCAUCAGUAUAUUUUACUGACAAUAUACAAAAAAAAAAAACACUUUACCACUCUUGCAAAAAACAAAAAAGUUUUUAUAUAUAUAUAUCUGCAGGGAUAGCACCUUUUUAAGCAUUUAGUUUAGAACUUUUUCCACCAUUACAGUGAGACACAAAACUACACCAUUACAAAGCAGGGAGCGCACUUUUGACUGUUACAGAUUGCACCUUUUUAAAGAGACACUGCCCUUGUGAAGUGUUUUUUUCUAACGUUUCCUGGUCCUGACUGACUGGCGAUGAUGACCGAAUGAAUGAAUGCUUCUGGAAAAACCCCUCCACUUACCUAACUGUAUGCAGUAUUAUAACAUUCAGCAAGUUUUCAUCCAAAGGACAUGUCGUACAGUAUAUAUAUUUGGGUGGAACCCAGGGAGCAAAACAGAGAGGAUCUUGUUUAUGUCGUUUAAAAAGAGAAGAUGUUCUUACAGGGCAUGAGGGUGACUGUUAAACUCUGUCCAGAUGUAGCAAAGAUCCAAAGUGUGAAACCACUCUGAGCUACAACUGUUCACCACUAUGGUCUGGUUUAGUCCCCAGGUACACGUCUUUACUAAAUAAUAUACUGACUGACUGAUGGACUGACUGCUGUAUGACGGGUUCAGAGUUGUAGAUGUAAUAUUUGUAUCUCAAAGCCCUAUUCGGUGUCUAGUUUAUGGCUAUGCAAACAGAAACUCUUCCCCCUCACAACCCUUCUGUGUUAAGAUUUAAAACAGUGACUGCAUUAUGUUGUCCCAAUUGUUUUGGAAUGUUGGACCUUUUUGUCUUGAUGAGAAAACUUACUGCAUUACUUAUUGCAACAUUCUGCAAAGUUGCAUGGCAUCAACAUUUGUCUAUACUGAUGUCUGUGAAUUGUCAGUAAAAGGAUUACUAUACUUUA